AACUCGUUUUUUUGACAAAACGCUAUUUUUGAUAGUCAUUGCGAAGCCGAAAAAAAGAAAAACAUUUUAUUGUGCAAAAAAAUUAUUAAUUGUUAAAAGUAUUUAAGAAUAACCUGAAGCAAAAAUGCCCGACUAUUUAGGAGACGAUCAACGUAAAGUUAAACACGAAGAAAAGGAGGAAAAAGAAAUCAAAUCAUUGGAUGAGGGCGAUAUUGAACUGUUGAAAACCUAUGGCCAGAGUCAGUACCACAAAUCCAUUAAGAUCAUCGAGGAAGAUAUACAAAAGGCCGUAAAGCAGGUCAAUGAGUUGACAGGCAUUAAGGAAAGUGAUACAGGUCUAGCGCCACCCGCUUUAUGGGAUUUGGCAGCCGAUAAGCAAAUAUUGCAAAAUGAACAACCUCUUCAGGUGGCAAGAUGCACUAAAAUCAUUAAUGCCGACUCAGAUGAUCCCAAGUACAUAAUAAAUGUUAAACAGUUUGCCAAAUUUGUUGUAGACUUGGCCGAUUCUGUGGCACCUACAGAUAUUGAGGAGGGUAUGCGUGUGGGAGUAGAUCGUAAUAAGUAUCAGAUUCAUAUUCCGUUGCCACCAAAAAUCGAUCCCACGGUAACUAUGAUGCAGGUUGAAGAAAAACCAGAUGUCACCUAUAGCGACGUGGGUGGCUGCAAGGAACAAAUUGAAAAAUUGCGUGAAGUAGUGGAAACACCAUUGUUGCAUCCCGAAAAGUUUGUCAACUUGGGUAUUGAACCACCCAAGGGAGUUUUGCUCUUUGGUCCCCCUGGUACCGGUAAAACUUUGUGUGCUCGUGCCGUAGCCAAUCGCACGGAUGCAUGUUUCAUUCGUGUCAUUGGUUCGGAAUUGGUACAAAAAUAUGUAGGCGAAGGUGCUCGCAUGGUGAGAGAACUUUUCGAAAUGGCACGUUCCAAGAAGGCAUGUCUGAUAUUCUUCGACGAAAUCGAUGCCAUUGGUGGUGCCCGUUUCGAUGAUGGCGCUGGAGGCGACAAUGAAGUCCAACGUACCAUGUUGGAACUUAUUAACCAAUUGGACGGUUUCGAUCCCAGAGGCAACAUUAAAGUGCUUAUGGCCACCAACAGACCCGAUACUUUAGAUCCUGCCCUUAUGCGUCCCGGCCGUUUAGAUCGUAAAGUAGAAUUCGGUUUACCAGAUUUGGAGGGGCGUUCUCAUAUCUUUAAGAUUCAUGCUCGAUCAAUGUCCGUUGAACGUGAUAUUCGUUUUGAGCUUUUGGCACGUUUGUGUCCCAACUCUACAGGUGCUGAAAUUCGUUCCGUCUGCACUGAGGCUGGUAUGUUUGCAAUUCGCGCUCGUCGCAAGGUAGCCACAGAAAAAGAUUUCUUGGAAGCCGUCAAUAAGGUCAUUAAGAGUUAUGCCAAGUUCAGUGCUACUCCUCGCUACAUGACCUACAAUUAAUUUAAUAUAAAAUCAUUCUGUAAUUAUUUUUAUUUCUAAAUAAAACCAAAUUUUCAUUGAACGAA